AUGAGAGCGAUGCAAGCAGCCAAGCUCCGAGCCUCCAAGACAGCUUUGGAGCGGCACGACGUGGAGAUCAUAGGCUCGGGACCGGAGCUGCUGGUGUUCUCGCACGGCUUCGGAUACAACAAGAACGUGUGGAGCGGCGUGAUCAAGGCACUGGACAAGAUGCGCUAUAAGAUUGUCCUGUACAACGUAACAGGCGCUCUGGGCACGGACUACGAUGCCUUUGACUACCAGCGCUACAGCACACUGCAUGGCUUCACGGACGACCUGCUGCUGCUGCUUCAAGAGCUGGGUGUUGAGUUCCUUUUAUCACCUCUGAAUCCCGUGCUCGUGCGGGCACAUGGGUGGCGCAUGCAUGCAGGGGUGGGAGCGGGGGCAGCAGUGCUCGGUGGUGAGGCAGCAGCAGACGGGCAUGGUGGCGCUGCUGGUCUCCUUGGAACGCCCUCCGGGAGGGAGCGGGGGCAGCAGUGCACGGUGGUGGGGCAGCAGCAGGCGGGCGUGGUGGCGCUGCUGGCAUCACUGGAGCGCCCCACUCUCUUCAAGCGCAUCGUGCUGCUCAGCUCCUCACCAAGGCUACUGGGAGCGGAGGGGUACGAGGGCAGCUAUGCUUUGGAAGAUUUGGAUCAAGUGUUUGGCAUCAUGCAGGGCAACUUCAAGCUGUGGGUGCGCAACUGUGCUCCAGUGCUGACAGCAGACGACAUCAAGGCGGCGCAUGUGAGGGAGUUUGUGCGACCGCUCUUCCUGCUGCGCCCAGACAUCGCCUUCAGCUUCCUCAAAACCGCCUUUGCGUGUGAUGUGCGCGACAUCCUGCCACGGGUGAUGGUUCAGGUUCAUAUGUUGUUUUUCUCCGGCGAGCCAACAGUUCCUGAGUCUGUCAUGCAGUACAUGCUCAAAGCCAUACCUAAUGCAUAUGGCGAGCUCCUUCCAACAAGAUCGCUUCAAGAUUCCCCUGAAAUAGUCGCAAGUUCUUUAGAAAAGCACGUAAGUAUGCUGCUCCGGGAUCCAUUUGGCCAUUCUAGUCGGAGAAUGAUGAACGCUCGCAUACCGUUGCCGUCUCAAGAAGAAGGCGAAGAGGGUGAUGAUGGUGGAGAGGCCGGGGAGGAUAUACUAUGA